AUGGAAUCUCUUGCAUUAUCGGAUAUAUGCAGUGAGCCGUCGUCCACGUUUUCAUCCCCAAAGAAACGAAACCGAGGCGACCUUUCUUCGAGCUCUGAAGAGUACGUCUUCGAUAAGAAUGUGGGCGACAGGAUAAAAGGCCGUGUCCCCGGAUCACCAAUCCACUCCAGUGAGGGACUCGACAUCGAGACCUAUCGGGUGGGAGGUCCUGAACUCCCCAUGCUCCCUAUCAGACAUCUUGAGACGCCCAAGGAUACUAAAAAGCUGUUCGGCGAUCAUAUCGGAAAUGAUUUAGCUCAGAUUUUGAAAGAAUAUUCUCUUUGGCCAACAAAUCCGUUCUUUGAUAUGAUCACUCUGCUCAGUCUGGCUCGUCCCGAUGCAGAACCGCAUACCUAUGUUUGGACCGAGCUACAAUGGUAUGAUGGUUGUCAGCAACUGUGGACGCAAGCUGCGGAUAAGAUGCGCUCGAAGUUAAAACAGCUGGGACAUCCCGAGAUCAGGGUGCUAUUAGCAGAUCCGCGCGCGAUGAUUACACCAUUUAGUAAAGCGAUUCCUAUUCGAGACCCUCUCCUCAAAACCUGGCCUUCAGUUGCCGACAAAAUUCUCAAAGCUGUCUCCGUCAGACAAAGCUGGCUUACUUUGGAUCUGUUGAUCCGUGGAAAGGAAUGGUAUGGAGGAAAGGACGAGGAAAAGUUCAAAGCGGUCCUUCUGAUACACUUCGACACCCAGGAUGACUGGGAGGGUUCCUUUCUACAGGAAGCUAGAAGCGCCAUCAGCAGCGACCCUGUCUACCAGCAGAGAGGUGUAGAGCUCGAGAUCCUGCGAGGAUAUUUGGUAGGAGGUGCCAACAGAACAUUCGAUACCGAUCAACCACCUGCAGUCGGGCACGGAGACGACCUCUUUAAUACUAUCCCAUACAUGGGAGCAAGCAUCUGCCCGGAUUCGUAUGUCGGAUCUGGUUCUUUUGGCUGCGCUAUUACAUUGGGAGACUCUGCUACCUAUGGUCUUACCGCCUGUCAUGUUGCACUGCCGACAUCUGACGGUCAAGUUACCUAUGCUGAUCCCACAGCACAACGAAAUAUACCGCCUGGACUUGUGAAACUCUUACCUACCGGUGCGGCUUUCGGGAAGAUUCCCAACCCCCCGGUGAUAAAAAUGCCAUCCAAGAGCGAUCUUGAAGCAGUGAAGAAAUAUCACCAGGAUGAGAUCGACGCAAUGAAUGAAAUAGUCACCCGGGAGCUCAAAUACGUGGAAGAUCUGAUAAAGGCAGAGGAGCCAGGAGAGGAGCCAUUAAUUUCUGGACAACAACGCGACAAAUAUGAAAGGUAUAUGCGCGAGAUAGUAGGCCAUAAGAGCUUACUAUCGAAGGCCAAUAAGCUUCUCGCAGACAUCGAUUCAUCACGGUGCUCGCUUGGGCCUAUCCGUGCGUUUUCCGGCUUCCGAAAGGACGAGAACACUGGAAUGAUCCUUGACUGGGCUCUCUUUCCAAUGCAUUCUUCGAAGGGACCGAUCCAGAACAGACUACCUUCGCAACCUCCUCACCCUAAGGACCCUAAGCGGUUAAUGGAAGAACAUUUAUUGGGGUUUUCAGCUCCUCUAGGUGGUGAGACUGUCUACAAGGUCGGAAGAACAACCGGAUUCACCACUGGCAUCGUCAACCCAGCUCCAACAUUCAUCCACAAGCUCGAGGCGCCAAGUACGAGGGUUUGGCCGGGGGAGCCCGGCAGCCAGAACCCGCAAAGUCCAGAACUUAGUAGGGCUUCGGUAGUAGGUGUCAUUCCAAUCAACGUGGAUGGGAAGUUUCUUGGCCCAGGUGAUCCCGGGGCUGUCGUUUUCGAUGCUGAUGGUAUAAUGAAAGGACUUAUCGUGGCUGGUUGUUACCACCAUAGGGUGGCCUAUAUAACACCCUCGCCCGACCUGCUGAAGGAUAUCAAGAUGAUGACUGGAGCGAAAGAGAUUGCCUUCCCGAACCCUAGGUAUCCGUCAAAUCGACCGAUGGGGAGUCAAAUGCUGAUCACAACGAGUGACUCGGUUCAGGGGUGA